AUGCGUAUUGUGCCUUGGCCCGAAGAACUUAAGUUUAAUCAAGAUCUCAUCAAAAAAUCAAUCAAAUCUUUGGUAAAGAAUUACAAAGAUCCAACGUUUCUACUCUUAGACGAAAAACGAGACUCUGAGGAAAUUAAAAAUUGGAAAGUCGAACUUGAAGAGUUAAAGAAAGAGAUCUAUGCUUGCAAACAUGGUAGAGUGUAUAAAAAUAGAAUAAAAUUGGUGUUCUUACUUUCCUGUUUCCCUUUUAUAAGUUUGAGGAAUGAAGAAUUAACAUUGGAUCGCUCAUAUACAUCGUCUCCUCAGUUUGUCCAAGACCUAAAUGAUAUCAUCUAUCGAAUUAUGGGUCGUCUAUAUCUUCAAUGUCCAUCAGAAUCUACUAGAUUUGUUGAAAAGAUAUUCUCUUUGACAUGUUUUUUUAAAUUUCCAUUUCCCUCCGAACAACGUGUUCCUUACUCAAAAUACUUAGCAUUUCCUAAACAAUUUGGUAUUACCGAAAGAGAUAAAAAGAAUGAUGAAGCAAAUUGUCCAUCUACAGAAUUCACAUCCACCUUCAAUGAAUUUAAUCCCAAACUUCAUAUUCAAGCAAAAAAGCUUGCGGUUCCUGAUUUAGGAUCGAUUAUUAAGAACCUUAAAAUUGAUGUACAUACAAUAGAAACAACUCGUAUAUUGCAACUCUACGCUGGAGCCGGGGGAGGCGGGGACAUUACUUGUGAUUUCUAUCCUCAAUUUAUAUUUUUAAUUUUCCAACCCAUCCAACACCUAUUAAGAUACUACUAUCCAACUUUUAAUUAUAAACAAACUCAUGGAAUAGAAUUAUUUCCUACAGUUCAACCACCUACCUUUAUUUUCACAACAAAUGACCAUAUUGUGCCUGUGAUUAUGCGUUACACAGGACUACAUAAGAAUUUCAAUAAAGCUAAACGACAUAAAGAGAUAUUUUCAGUGUCGGCAGAUGUUAGACGACUUGUCAACGAGCUUUUAUAUCUGAUGAUAUAUAGCCGGUCAUUAAUGGGAUUUGUGCUUGAUGUUGAUUCUGUAUUAGUCGUAAGACUAUUAUCAUCCAAAGUAGUUGAUACGGUAGUGAACCCUGAUGAUGGAACCAUUAGCAAGGAAUUAGAUUACGAAAUAUUUUUAUUGGAUCACAGCCUCCAUUAUCCAAUGGUUGGCCUUAUCUUAAGUUCGUUCCUCGAUAAUUAUUUCAAGACUGCUGCUUCCAACUCUGUUGAAAUCACGAGAGAGAUUAGAAGAAAUUUAAGAAGUGAGUCUGAAGAACUCGAAGCAUCCAGACAAAGUAAAAUAGAAUUUGUGAAAAUGCAGUACCUGAAACAGUUUAAGAACUUUGAUACCGCAAUAGGAGGAUAUAUUAAUAUGGAGUUCCCAAGCUUGUUCAUAAAGCAAGAAUAUUAUGAUAAGGCAUGGGCUCUUGCAUUGAUAGAGACAUUUACUUCUUCGGAUUUUCAAAUAGAGAAGGGGCUGCAAUUCACCGACAGUGAAGAUAUCGUACAUCAAUUCAAAGGUAAAUUAGAUGGUAGAAGCGGUACUUUAUAUGUGUACAAAGUAUCGUAUACCCACGAUGAAAACGAAGACUUUUACAAGUUGGUUUCCGUAUCUCUUAAUCAAUUUUUAAAGCAUGUGGUCGAAUGCAUUUCCAAAUUUGGCAAGUAUAAGAAAGAAUGGUAUAAUAUUAAGAACUUGAAAACUGUUAAUGAUAAUUUCCGAUGUGCAUAUUAUGAAAGUGAGGAUAUUAGUGGAUUUUCGUUGCUAUUAUUCGAUGAUGCGCAGGAACUUGGUGAAGCAGAUAAAGUUGAGGAAUAUGAAGGUGACUCGCCUAUUUUAUAUAACGUUUUAGGCAAUCAAAUUGAAAAUAAACGUCAGAAGUUAAUAUGA